AUGGCUACUAUCAAUUGUGUUACUGUGCUUACACCAAAUGGUAGAAGACCAUCUGUUAAAGUAACUCCAAAUACAACCAUUUUACAAAUUCUAGAAGAAGUGUGUUUAAAACAUGACUUUGACCCUUUGGAAUAUGAUCUUAGACACCACAGCAGAAUUUUAGAUACCACAAUGACUGUGCAGUUUUCUCGGUUGCCUAAUAAUGCACAAUUGGAAAUGGUAAAAGCAAAAAAGAUUCGGAGAGAAUCAGAAGUUCUUGUAAACAUCCAAACUGAAUCUGGUGAUAGACUGUCAGGUACAUUUCUUCCAUCUGAAUCUCUUUGGGAUGUUGUACUAAAACUAUGUCCAGAUUCAUGUGUAGCAAGUAAGCAACCUGCAAUAUUGUAUAUGAGGCAAGAAAUUUGUGGAAUGGAAAACUUGAAAGUGACAACUCUUCGUAGUUUAGGUUUAACAAGUGGUAGGGCUUUGCUGCGAUUGAUGUGUAAAACAGUAGAAGGAGAGCUUCCAGAACAACAAAAUAUGACAAGUAAACUUUCUAACUAUCCUCCUGGCAACCAAAUAGUAACAGUUCAUGCUGUUUCUGGAGACUCCCAGAAUCCUGAUAAAAUUGAAAAGCCAGUUCAUAAGAAACAGGAUUUAAAACAAGAGAUUCUGAAAGAAUCUCCAAAUACCAAAAUAAGCAAAUUAAGUUCAGUUGAUAAAACUACAGAAAAUCAACAAGUGAAAAGUAAGGAACCACUUGCAGGAGUUUCAGGAAAAAAAGAUUCAAGUCCUGGGGAACCUAGUAAAUCCAACAGAGCCCAAAAUACUCCUCCAGAAAAUCAAUCUCCCAUUAGUGAGAAACAGCAUCAGCAUGUAGGAAUCAGUGAUUUACCUGCACAUGGUGGUGUGAAAAAGAAACAAAUUCAAUCUUCAGUCGUAGAAAACAAGGAAGAUGUGUCUCUUGAAGAUAUUUUUAAAGCAGAAAUUGAGCCUCGUGAUAGGAAUCCAGUUAUCUUCAAACCUGGAAUGCGCCAGCCUACGAGUGAAGAUUUGCCAGAUGAAUUUUUUGAAUUGACACUUAAUGAUGUUCAAAAUCUCUACCGAGAAUUAAGAAGCAAACGUACAGAACUUGAUGAAUCUCCAUUGCAGACUUCUGCUAUAAGAAAACUAGAAGAAUCUAAGAGAAUACUUGGUAAUUUACACAAAUAUAAAAGAGCAGUUUUGCGGAUUCAAUUUCCUAAUCAAGUUAUUGUACAAGGAUCAUUCUCACCAGUAGAAACAAUAGCAAGUGUUCAGGAAUUUGUUAAAGGUUAUUUGCAAGAUUCAUCAAUAUCAUUUUAUUUGUACACAACACCUCCAAAAGAAAUUUUAAAACCAUCAUCUCGAUUAAUAGAAGUAAAUUGUGUUCCCUGCGCUCUUCUACAUUUUGGUUUGCCUAGUGGACUUCAAGAAAAUGUAAAUUACUUGAAAGAUGAAGUCAUGCAAGAAUUAGCUUCUCCAGAAGCAGCUGCAGCUGCGGUGACACGCUCACGCAGUCUCCUGACAACCUCAAUUGACAAGCGAUCCUUGCCUUCAACUAGCGGGACACAGCAGUUACUUUCUUCUGUGAGUGUAGAGGAAGCUCCAAAAGAUAUUGACAAUCAAGAGCCAUGUAGUAGUAAAACUGAUACCAAGCAUGCGGGAAAUCCAAAUGGUAAAGUGCCAAAGUGGUUUAAAAUGGGUCCCAAAUAA